AUGGGAUCGCAUCUGGAUCCCGAUACCAAAAGGGGCGAGGAGGAGACCGCAGCUCUACCAGCUCAUAUCCAGCAAGACAGCGACAACGUCAGCACCAAGGACGAUGCGAUUCUUCCCACCGGUGUCCUGGACCCCGUCUACGAUGCCAAAGCCCGAGUCCUCAACCACGCCAUCUCAGAAAUCGGCAUGGGAUGGUACCAGUGGCAGCUGUUCAUCGUGGUCGGCUUCGGCUGGGCGAGCGACAACCUCUGGCCCAUCGUCACCUCCCUCCUCUUCACCCCAAUCGCCAACGAGUUCAAGCCAGACCGCCCGGCAUUCCUCACCCUCAGCCAGAACAUCGGCCUCCUCGUCGGAGCCGCCUUCUGGGGCUUCGGGUGUGACGUCUUCGGUCGCAAAUGGGGCUUCAACCUCACCUUGGGCCUGACCGCUUUCUGGGGUCUCGUUGCGGCGGGAGCCCCGUCCUUCGCAGGAAUCGCCAGCUUCGCCGCCCUCUGGUCCGUCGGUGUCGGUGGGAAUCUGCCCGUGGACUCGGCCAUCUUCCUCGAGUUCCUCCCCGCCAGCCACCAGUACCUUCUGACGGUCCUGUCCGUCGACUGGGCCAUCGCCCAGGUCAUCACCAACCUGGUUGCGUGGCCGCUGCUCAGCAACUACACCUGCCAGCAGGACCAGGAGACGUGCACGCGCAGCCAGAACAUGGGAUGGCGCUACUUUGUUAUCACAAUGGGCGGACUGACCCUCAUCAUGUUCGUCAUCCGGUUCCUCUGCUUUAAGAUCUACGAAUCGCCCAAGUACCUCAUGUCAAAGGGCAGGGACGAGGAGGCCAUCAAGGUCGUCCAUGAAGUGGCCAGGCGCAAUGGAAAGACAUCAAAUCUGACCCUCGAUGACCUCAGGGCCUGCGAACCCGAGGGCUACGUGGCCCAGACGGACGUCAGGGCCACUAUCAAGCGCCACCUGGAGGAUGUGAACACUGAUCAGGUCAAAGCCCUCUUCGCGACGCCUCGCCUCGCCCUCAGCAGUGGUCUCAUCAUGGCCGUAUGGGCCCUCAUCGGCCUCGGAUACCCGCUCUACAAUGCCUUCAUCCCGUACAUCCAGUCCCUGCGUGGCGUCGAUUUCGGCGACGGAAGCACGUACAUCACCUACCGAAACAACCUCAUCAUUGCAACACUGGGUAUUCCCGGCGCCUUGCUGGGUGGCGUUCUCGUCGAGCUGCCCUACGUCGGCCGUAAGGGCGCGCUUUUCGCAUCCACCGCACUCACCGGCGUGUUCCUGUACUGCUCAACUACGGCCAAGCACAGCACUGACCUGCUCGGCUGGAACUGCGCUUUUAAUUUCUCGAGCAGCACCAUGUAUGCGGUGCUUUAUGGGUACACACCCGAGUUAUUCCCUACGCCGCAGAGAGGAACUGGAAAUGCCUUGACCGCUUCCUGCAACCGUAUUUUCGGCAUCAUGGCCCCUAUUAUUGCCAUGUUCGCCAACCUUGAGACGGCAGCGCCAGUAUACACCUCUGGUGCUCUCUUCAUCGCGGCUGGCCUUCUUGUGCUGCUAAUGCCCUUCGAGUCACGAGGGAAGGCUGCUCUUUGA